AUGGGAGCUGGGAAGUCUAAACUAGAUCACUGUCCUCUUUCUUGGCACAAGAGACACAGUGAGGAUGCAGCUCCAGACUGCCAUGAAUCCGAGGAUUCUAAGGAUGUGUCCUUGCAUGGUUUUGUGGAGCACAGCAAUAGAACAGAGCCGCCAACAGGAGAGCAGGAGGGAGCUGAGGCAAAAGGAGAGAUGCCUGAGGAGGAAGCUGAAGAAGAAGCCUUCCUCAAAUUUGUGAUCCUGCAUGCAGAGGACGACAUAGAUGAGGCCCUCAGGGUCCAGGAUCUGCUUCAAAAUGACUUUGGUAUCAGGCCAGGGAUAAUUUUUGCCGAGAUGCCGUGUGGCAGGCUGCAUUUGCAGAAUCUAGACGAUGCUGUAAAUGGGUCUGCGUGGACCAUCUUGUUACUGACUGAAAACUUCCUACGAGACACCUGGUGUAACUUCCAGUUCUACACCUCCCUGAUGAACUCUGUGAACAGGCAGCACAAGUACAACUCCGUCAUUCCCAUGCGGCCCCUGAACAGCCCCCUCCCUCGGGAAAGGACUCCCUUGGCACUACAGACCAUCAAUGCCUUAGAGGAAGAAAGCCGAGGCUUUUCUACCCAAGUGGAGAGGAUUUUCCAGGAGUCCGUGUACGAGAGGCAGCGAACGAUAUGGAAAGAGACGCGGAAUGCGCUACGGGGACAGUUCAUUGCCUGAGACGAAGCAGACACCCGGCUGGCUCCUGUUUUGUAAACAAAAUGAUUCAUCUUCACUUGAGAAAGCAGUGUCUAGGCAAUGCUUCUCUAUGAGUGGGGCUGCUUUCAAGAGCUCUGUGGAGCACAGGGAAGCUACAUUUCUGCAGGCUUGGGGCUGUGGUACUUUCUGAUGAUAAACUCCAGGCUGUCAGUUUCUAGCACUUUUUUAUAGUUUCCACAGUUUAUGAAUAUUCUUAACUCAUUUCUUACGUUACUGUGAACAGGCAUGUAUGACAGACAUUUCCAAACUACGGUAUUAAAAGGCCUCAAAAGACAUGAACAAAAUGGCUCUGAUCGUGAGAGGCCCGACCACCUCAUUCCUAUUUCUCUCAGGAA